AUGGAAGCCAGUGGGCCGGAGGGUCUGGACAGCAGAGCCUCCCCCUUCGCAGGCAUGCCAGGCGCCAGCCUCUCUUGGGACAAUGGCACCAGACACAACAUCACCUUCCCAGAGCCCCUGCCGGCCCUCUACGUGCUCCUGCCAGUAGUGUACUCUGUCAUCUGUGCUGUGGGGCUGAUGGGCAACACGAUUGUCAUCUGUGUGAUCCUACGGGCGCCCAAGAUGAAGACCGUGACGCACGUGUUCAUCCUGAACCUGGCCGUCGCCGACGGGCUCUUCACACUGGUCCUGCCAGCCAAUAUCACCGAGCAUGUGCUGCAGCGCUGGCCCUUCGGGGAGCUGCUCUGCAAGCUGGUGCUGGCCAUCGACCACUGCAACAUCUUCUCCAGCGUCUACUUCCUGGCUGCCAUGAGCGUGGACCGCUACCUGGUGGUGCUGGCCACGGCGCGCUCCCGCCGCGUGCCCCGGCGCACCCUCCGGGGGGCGAAGAUCACCAGCCUGUGCGUCUGGCUGGGCGUCACCGUGGCAGUGCUGCCUUUCUUCACCUUUGCCGGCGUCUACAGCAACGAGCUGCAGGUCACGAGCUGCGGGCUGAGCUUCCCACGGCCAGAGCGCGCCUGGUUCCAGGCGAGCCGCAUCUAUACGCUGGUCCUUGGCUUCGCGGUGCCCAUGUGCACCCUCUGUGUGCUCUAUGUGGACCUGCUGCGGCGGCUGCGAGCCCUGCGGCUCCACUCUGGGGCCAAAGCUCUAGGCAAGGCCAGGAGGAAGGUGACCAUCCUGGUCCUGGCCGUGCUGGCUGUGGGCCUGCUCUGCUGGGCGCCCUUCCACCUGGCCUCUGUCGUGGCCCUGGCCACAGACCUGCCCCAGACACCACUGGUCAUCACUGUCUCCUACGUCAUCACCAGCCUCAGCUAUGCCAGCUCCUGCCUCAACCCCUUCCUCUACGCCUUCCUGGACAACACCUUUCGAAAGAACCUCCGUGCCAUGUUCCGGUGCCCAGGGCCGUGA